CUGCGCCUCCUCCAGCACACCACGGGGAAGUAUGUAAUACAACAACAACAACAACAACCCACAGUUUGGUUUCACCUCGAGGUCAUUUCCGUAUUAUUAUGUAACUCAAGCGACUUUAACCUGCAGCGAAAAACGUGACUUGUGCCGUUAGCUUCAACCUAAAACAGCUAGCUCGAAACGUUAUAGAGACAGUCAUGUAGAGAGAGACUACACCUGAGAUAAGAAGUGAAACGUGGUUAGCUUCAGUCGUAAAUACAGAGUUUGUGAUACAUCGAUAACCCACUAGUUCACAUUAUCUGCGCACUGUCACCGGUAUGUUUCCGUUAGACUCGCCGUGGAACAUCUCCUUUGCGGGAUGCGGCUUCCUGGGGAUCUACCACGUCGGUGUGGCCAGCUGUCUGCUGGAGCAGGCUCCCUUUCUGGUGCACCAUGCCAGGCACAUCUACGGAGCAUCAGCUGGAGCUCUCACUGCCACUGCUUUGGUCACCGGAGUCUGUCUCGGAGAGGCUGGUGCCAGCAUCAUCGAUGUUUCCAAGGAGGCAAGAAAGAGAUUCCUUGGACCCAUGCAUCCCUCCUUCAAUCUGGUGAAGAUCGUGCGUCACAUGCUGCGCCGCACUCUGCCAGCUGAUUGUCACCAACGGGCCAGUGGGAGGUUAGGGAUCUCUCUCACCCGUGUGGCAGAUGGAGAAAAUGUCCUGGUAUCUCAUUACAACAACAAGGAGGAGCUAGUACAGGCGUGUGUCUGCAGUGCCUACAUCCCAGUGUAUUGUGGCUUUAUACCUCCUACUUUGCAAGGAGUGCGGUAUGUCGAUGGAGGGAUCUCAGACAACCUGCCUCAGUAUGAGCUGAAGAACACCAUCACUGUGUCCCCUUUCUGCGGAGAGAGCGACAUCUGUCCCCGAGACACUUCGACCAACAUACACGAGCUGCGAUUCACCAACACGAGCAUCCAGUUCACUCUCUCAAACCUCUACAGAAUCUCCAGAGCACUGUUCCCCCCAGAUCCAAUGGUUAUGAAGUCCAUGUGUAAACAAGGAUACAAAGAUGCUCUGCACUUUUUGAAGAAAAACGGAUUAGUUAAUUUUAAUGGACCCCUCAGAGACAGAGCUCUGCUUGGUAAUGGAGAAGAAAAUGAUUUAAGUGAGGAGAACGAAGCAGACGACACAAGUGACAAAGAGGAAGACGAGACCAGUUCUAGUUCCUCCGUAGAGGAUCAUUUCUUUGACCACCUCCCACCAACCCUGCACAAAGCUCUGGUUGAGGCCUGCAUGGAGAGGAGAAGCCUAAUGCAGUCGCUAAGCAACCUGCUUCCCAUUAGGAUGGCCUCAGCCAUGAUGCUCCCCUACACUCUCCCUCUGGAGUCUGCUCUGUCCUUGACUGUCAGACUUCUGGAGUGGCUGCCAGACGUUCAAGAUGAUGUCGGAUGGAUUCGAGAGCAGCUAUUGAAAGUCUUGCAACAUCUUCUUCGCCAGGCUUCCCAAAGCAUUUCUCAGAACGUCUUUGUUGAGAUGAAACGGUUUUCCUGUCAGUUGGAGCUGCGACGCAACCAAUCCCUUCCAUCCAGCUUUAGCUCCACCAGCCUGUUUCCCACCUGGGUGAAUAGGAGAAGUCCUUCUGUCCAGAAUAUCCUCACAUAUCUCGACCAGUACAGGACACAGCUGAUGUCAGGAGUUCUGUGUAUAAACACGGACCUGCAAAGCUUCUUGACAAAUAGUUCGAUGUUAACAUGUAAGAGUUCUCCCAUGCUCUCCACAGAGGGCCGCACAAUGCAAGGAGGUCGUUUCAGUGUCCCACUUGCUGCUGCUGCUGACACAGAAGAUGUCAUCAGCUUUUAAGGGCUUUUUUUAAGGGCUUUUCAUGGGUUUCUGCUGCAAAUCACUGAGGUUGAGGUUCAGAUCCAAGAAGUAUUCAAAUCUCCCAGGACAAAUUCGGAACUCUAAUAAGUCAUUUUGUACAGUAUACAGAAAUGGUAGUUACUUACCAUAUUAAUUAGUGUAUAAAGUAUUCUUAAGCUUUUUGUGUCAUCAUUUAACUACAGUAAAAUCAGUAGGUCUACAGAAGAGCGGUUACAUUUAGCAGAUGGACUCAUGUAGAGUCAUGUACAAACUUGAAUGACUAACAAAAAUGUGCACUUCAAGAAGCAUGUUUCAAACAUUAGUGUGAAUGUUUUUAGUGGAAUGUAGUCAGACGUCAGACAUGUAGUUAAACAGCGUCUCUGCUCCCGCUGGUUAUGAACCUCUCAAGUCAGGAAGUGAAGGAUUAUGUUUGUUACAGGUAGUUAGUUAUUACUCACUAUCCCACUCAUCUUUUACUGGUGCCAAUCCCAGCUCCCAGCUGGCAGGUGAUUGGUGCACCCUGCACAGGUCACCAGUCCAUCACAGGGCCACAUAGAGACAAACAACCAUCCAUUCUCACACCUAUGGUGAAUUUAGAGUGUCCAAUUUGCCAAAUCCCCAAAUCUGCAUGUUUUUGAGCUGUGGGACGAAACCGGAGAACCCGGAGAAAACCCAUGCACACACGUGGAGAACAUGCAAACUCCAUGCAGGGUCGUGAACCCGGAGUGCUAACCACUACACCAACCGUGUGGCCAAAUUAUUCCAUGUAUUAUUAUGCACAUUUCAAUGCAUUUUGUGAACGCUGUCUAAAUGUUUUCAGGUUUGUACUGAAUGUGUGCAUUGUUGCACUUAUUUAUAUUAGAAACACUAGCUUGUUUUCCUCUUUUCUCCUCAAUCACUGAAAUGUGUUUCUAUUAUCUUGAUUCACUAGUAUGCAAGUUCCAGUUCUUUCAGUUUUAUAUUUAAAAAAAAUUAUAUAUAACAUUUUAUUGUACAAUCAUUUUGAUGUAAUUACAUAUUAGUUUGUAAUUACGGAAUGUGUGAUUCUUUUUAUUGAUCAAAGAUUGAUCAGUUUAAUCUCACUUGGACUUCGGAGUCACUGUAUGACUUCAGACAAGUUGAACUAUUGUUGUUGUACUUUGUACAGAUGAAAUUUUAACUGUAUGAUAAAGCUCCAACUUGUGCCUUAUAUGAAACAUUUGCUAAGUUAACUUAAACUGUUAUUGCUGGCAGUGUUUAUUUGAUAAUUAAAUAAAAUUACAGUUGAAAUGCA